AUGUCGGAAGGAAGCGUCUUGAUAAGUCGUGCUGGAUCCGAUGCACCUCGCCGUAAGGAUUUCGACGAUGCGAAUCCUCGCCGCAGUCAGACUUCUAUUCAGCGUGCUAAGAGAAAAAGAAAUGGCUGGUUCUAUGCCGUCCCUUUCCUGCUGCUUGCAGGUCUGCUAUAUUCCUUUGCUGUAGUCCCAACAAACGUCGAGAAGACUUCGAUGUCUUCGUUUGGACAGCAAUAUGGUACGAACAACAUCAACCGGUCGAAUCGGAAAGAGAACACGGCGCUACGGAUGGAGGUCACCUCCAUAUCAAGAGACAAAGGAAUUAUUAUGUGCAUGCACGAUGGUGCCGUCCCCAUGGGUCUCUCACUCAUCCGGGAGCUGCGAUGCCUUGGAAAUCAAGAGCUCGUUCAAAUAUACCAUUGCUUCCCAGAAGAAAUAUCCAACAAUUCGAUCUCGUUGCUGUUGGCAGCCGAUGACAAGUUGGAGAUCGUGGAUGUGUGCUCCGAUCUCGUUCAACGUGGAGUCCUAGCAGAAAACAAGGCCCGGGAAUUUCGUAGCUGGUGGAUCAAACCACUGGCGAUGUACCACACGGAUAUUAAGGAAGUUCUGCUACUGGAUGUGGACGAUAUUUUCAUGCGCGAUCCAGCUGUUUUACGCACAACAGAAGGAUACCAACGCACAGGCACAACGUUCUUCUACGAUCGUGUGCUCUCCAGCAAAGAAUUUUUAAAUCAAGACGUUAAUGGAACGCAGUACCUUCGGUAUCUUCUCGAUACUUUCGACUAUGAAAAGUUCGGCUUGCCACCAGGGGCAUCUCCAUCGUCCCACCUUGACCCGAAGAUAUCGUUUGUGUGGACUCGGCAGUCCUCGCACGAACAAGACUCAUCGCUUGUGGCCAUCGACAAAACCCGAGCUGGUCAAGCCAUAAACGUCAUGCUCUACCUUAUUACAGAACAGCGUUUCAUUCGAGAGUUUUCAUACGGGGAUAAAGAAACAUUUUGGCUCUCAUUCGAGCUGGCCAAGCAGGAAUAUUUUUUCUCUCCCUGGGGAAAUGGGGACAUCUCGUCGUCUACAAACGGAGACAUGGAUAAACACAGCGACUCACUUUGUGGCAGCAUCGUGCAGUACAUGCCAGUGAAGGAUAGUCCGCCCGAGUUCCUGUACGUGAACGGCAAAGCGUUGCUAAAUCCGUUUCCUGUUCCAAUGGAGAAAUUGGGGACAGCAAGCCACAACGUGCUGUUUAAUACCAACCCAACGCAUUUAACGCCUCGCCAGAAGAGAAGGCCAAAUGGCAGCUCGAAAACAGACUACAAGGGAGGGUACGCCAUGGAAUGCCUCAUUGGUUUUGGUGCUGAGCCGCUGCCAAAACAAUUUGCCCCUCAAUUGCUGCGCCGACGAAUGUUUUACUUUGGAAUUCGGAUGGGUGUGUUGUCUGCACUCGAUCAGUGCUUCCCGUUCGACGGAAUGAAGUAA